AUGAUUUUCUUUCAUACUCUAUUCAUAUCUGUCUCAGUCUUUACAUAUCUCGCUAUCGUUCCGUUCAUGUCUGUCUCACGCUUUUCAUAUCUACCGCUUGUUAACUUCAUAUCUUUUUAUCUCAGUCUUUUCACAUGUCCCUUUUCAUAUGGCGUGAUUAUUACGUUUAUGUCAUUUUCACCCUUUUCACAUCUAUUGCUUGUUCUCUUCAUAUCUAUCUGUCUCAGUUUUUUCAUAUGUCGUGAUCUUUCCGUUCAUGUCUUUUCAACAUUUUUAUAUGUACCGUUUGUUCUCUUCAUAUCUAUCUUCUGUUCAUAUCUCGCUAUCGUUCCGUUCAUGUCUCUUUCAACCUUUUCACAUCUACCGCUUGUUCUCUUCAUAUCUAUCUGUCUCAGUCUUUUCAUAUGUCGUGAUCGUUCCUUUCAUGUCUUUUUCACCCUUUUUAUAUCUACCGCUUUUCUCUUCAUAUCUAUCUGUCUCAGUCUUUUCAUAUGUCGUGAUCGUUCCUUUCAUGUCUCUUUAACCCUUUUCAUUUCUAUCGCUUCUAUCUGUUUCAUUCUUUUUGUAGCAGCCGUUCGUUUUCUUUAUAUCUUUGUAUCCCUGUUAUUCCAUAUCUACAGCUUCUGCCCUUCAUAUCUAUCUGUCUCAGUGUCCGUUAUCAUAUUUACAGCUCGCUUUCGUCGUGACUCAUUCUUUUCAUAUCUACCGUUCGUUCUCUUUUUAUCUAUAUAUCUUAUCUGUUCUUAUCUGUCUAUUGUUCACUUCAUAUCUACUGCUCGUCCUCUUCGUAUCUCAUCUAUCGAAGAAUUUGGUGUCACUCUCAGACAAAUUAUCCCUGUAUCAUUAUUUUGCUUUGGAAAGAGGAGGUGUGUAAUAGCCGGCAAUUCUAAGAGCAGCAAUCAUUCUUCAGUUCCUCAAAGAGAACUUCCUUAG